AUGCACUGGUACGAUUUGAAAGUUGCAGGUUCCUGUUGGGCUGUCUCAGCUGCAGAGGUUAUGUCAGAUCGAGUUUGCAUCGCUUCGCAUGGCAAUAAGACGGUUGAACUGUCAGCGGACGACAUCAUGAGCUGCUGCACUGAUGGUUGUGACGGAUGCAGUGGCGGAUAUCUUUACGCACCUUGGAAGUACUUUAUUGAAACCGGUGUUGUCACCGGUGGGCUCUACGGCACAAAGCAUACCUUUGGUGAUGACGUUGGAGGUCACGCCGUGAGGAUUCUUGGAUGGGGAGAGGAAGGUGGCGUGCCCUACUGGUUGGUUGCUAAUUCGUGGAACGCUGACUGGGGAGAGAACGGUAAGCAAAAUGUUUCCCAGUUUUAUUAG